AUGAUUAUGAUGCAAAAUGGCGAGAUCGUGAGUGAGGACGAAACCGAGUACGAAGGCAUGCCACCUCUUGACGGAGGUAGUGAUGGUGAAUCGCCAAAUGAAGAGGAGUUUAGUGCACCCGAGGGUCAUUUUGGAACUGCAUUGGUUGCAAGGAGAGCAUUAACUGCACGUGUUAAGGAGGACGAGCUUCAAUGGGAGAACAUUUUCUACACCAGGUGCUUCGUCAACCAAGCACUUUGUAGUGUGAUUAUUGAUAGUGGGAGCUGCACAAAUGUAGCUAGUUCACUCAUGGUGGACAACUUGAAGUUGCCUACAAGGGAUCACCCGCGACCCUACAAACUUCAAUGGCUCAACAAUUUUGGGGAGGCUAGUCACAUUAUACUUGGUAGGCCUUGGCAGUUUGACAGACAGGUAACUUUUGAUGGUGUGAUUAAUAAGUAUAACUUCUUGUACAAUAGUAAGAAAGUCACACUAGCUCCCCUUUCCCCCAAACAAGUGCAUGAGGACCAAUUGAAAUUGCAACAAGAGUUUGAGAAGUAUAGUGCAGAAAGGAAAGCAAAUGAGAGAGCCGAGGCAAAAAAAGAGAGGAAAAAGGCUAUAGAUAGCUCGACAAGUGAGGUAAAAUCCGAGGGAAAACAAAUGCUCCUGAUAAAAGCCAAGAAAAUAAGGAAGUUAAUGAGAGAUGAGCAGCCACUUCUUAUGCUUGUUAGCAAAGAAGUAGCUCUGCAUGUGCAUGAAUUUGAUAUUGACAUACCUCUCGAGGUUAAGUCUCUUUUACAGGAAUAUGCUGAUGUCUUCCCCGAGGAUGUGCCAAGUGGAUUGCCGCCACUUAGAGGCAUUGAGCAUCAAAUUGAUUUCAUCCGUAGGGCUUCAUUGCCAAAUCGACCAGCUUACAAGAGCAACCCGGAGGAGACUAAGGAGUUGCAAAGGCAAGUGGAUGAGUUGCUUGGCAAAGGAUGGGCACGUGAGAGCUUAAGCCCGUGUGCUGUCCCAGUCAUUUUGGUGCCCAAGAAAGAUGGUACGUGGAGAAUGUGCACCGAUUGUAGAGCCGUAAAUGCCAUCACGGUAAAGUAUCGCCACCCUACACCUCGCUUAGAUGACAUGCUUGAUGAGUUACAUGGGGCUGUGUUCUUUACCAAAAUUGAUCUCAAAAGUGGGUACUAUCAAAUUAGGAUUAAGGAGGGGAUGAAUGGAAAACUGCCUUCAAAACUAAAAAAAUUUGUGGUAGUUUACUUUGAUGAUAUCCUAAUUUAUAGCAAAUCUUAUGAUGAACACCUAGAGCAUAUUAUGGUUGUUAUGGAUGUACUUCGAAGAGAGAAGCUCUAUGCCAAUCUCAAGAAGUGCAAUUUUUGCACUAAUGAGUUUGUGUUUCUAGGGUUUGUUAUAAGUGCGCAGGGAAUGAAGGUGGAUGACCAAAAGGUGAAAGCUAUCCAUGAAUGGCCAACACCAAGAUCUGUGGGCGAUGUUCGGAGCUUCCAUGGACUUGCAGGUUUCUGUAGGAGAUUCGUGAGAGACUUUAGCACCAUUGCUGCCCCCUUGACUGAGUUGAUCAAGAAGAAUGAGAGAACUUCCAUUGGGGAGAAUCUCAAGAACAGGCUUUUCGCGCUUUAA